CAACCCAUUGUUUGAUUUUAUAGCUGAAGAAUUAUUUGCUAUUUCCAUCUUUGGGAGGAAAUUUACAAAAAUGUCAACUGCCCAAAGGUCAUUUGUGCAGAAAAUGUCAAAACAACCGGCAGCUGAUGUCCGAAAAAACAUAAGUGUACAUAUGCAAUCUAAGACCACCAGCUGCACAUCGAUGUGCUCAUCAACACUGUCCCUUACUGAACCGCUUGAUUAUGAGGAAUUUCUUAUUCAACACAUGAACACUAUUAACCGAGAUCCAUUAAAACAUAUUUUGGAUUUUCCGCAAGGAGAUGUAUCAGUCAAGACCAUACCAAGAAAGAUUCGCACAGUAGAUCACAUUUUACCUAAUGAGAAUAUAUCUGAAUUACCAAAGCACGUACAGGAGAGCAUUCGUUGUUACACACGUCCUUGGAAAGUUGUAGAAUACGCACACCGCCAUUACUCAAGUUCGUCUUGUGCACGUGAACGUAUUGAUCGCGACAUUACUAGCCCUUCGGCGUACCAGCAAGAGUUUGAGAUUGACAAGGAUUUUUCAUCUUUUGACGAAUCAUUCACCGACAAAAGCGAAAGUUGCACACCGAGCUCUAGACAAUCUAUAGCUAGUUUAGCUUCAGUUAGUUCUUGUACCGAUACGCUAACUCCUCGUAGCUCUUGGGCUAGUUUUGAUUUGCGGCGCUCAGUUAAUGAUCCUCUUAUUCCAAAUUUAUUGGAUAAUGUGCCGCCAGAUCAGAUAGAUCAAUUGAACGAAAUGCGUCGUCAAGAAGAUCGUCAAGGAGCUUUUUUUUCUCUUUAUCCAGAAAUUGAAAGUGAAGACGCUAUUGAGCGCCGAUUACAAGCAGAGUUGCCAGUAGAGCACAUAGGUCAUCGCAUACACGUUAAAUGCCUUCAACUCAGAUUGGAGCUAGAGGUCGAACCUAUAUUUGCAUCAAUGGCCAUUUAUGAUGCCAAAGAACGCCAAAAAGUAUCUGAAAAUUUUUACUUUGAUAUGAAUUCGGACAGUCUAAAACUUAUGUUGUCAACCCAUGUGCGUUGUGCAGAUGUUAGCACACAAAGUCGUUCGGCUAUAUUUGAAAUUUCUUAUCCAAGUAAUGAUUUAUUUCUUGUUAUAAGACUUGAAAAAGUACUCCAAGGUGACAUAAAUAACUCUGUAGAGCCAUAUCUGAAAGAAGACAAGGAAAAAUACAGAGAGAAAGUUAAAUCUAAUGCAAUGGAUUAUUGCGAGCGUCUUGGAAAAUAUAGAAUGCCUUUUGCAUGGACGGCUAUAUACUUGACGAAUAUUUUCAACGGCGAUAACUUUGAGAACAAGGAUUCUUGCGCUGGCGAUAGAGAAUCGUCUAACAGCGGAUGUAAUACCGUUUUAGGUUCUGCCGCAAGCUCCAACAGCUUAGAUCGAAAGUCUUCUACUAGCAGCUUUGAUCAGCUUCGCAGAAAAGCUAAUGAUAUGAGCGGUACUCUUACAAGACGUGGAUCACUGGAGCGCAAAGAAAAACGUCGGUCAUGGUCACCAGAUGAUUUCGCCAAUGUUGUUGAAAAUUUUCGUCCUAUUACCUUAACAGUGCCUAGUUUCUUUAAACAAGAGCCUGAUAAAAUGAAAGAUGAAGACUUAUACAAAAUCUUACCGGAACUGAAGCGGCCUAGUACGGUUAUAAAAAAAUAUAAAUGUAUUCCGGGCUCUAUAAAAUUGGAAAUAUCCCCAUGUGUUGAAGAUGUUACAAAUGCGUUAACGCCAGAAUUGGCUAAAAUCGAACCGCACAGUGGAGAUAACACCCGUCCAAUCAAAGAAAUAUUGGAGUUUCCUCUGCUUCCAAUUUAUAAUCCACACUAUAGCUAUCGUAAUUUGCUAUUCGUGUUUCCCAAAGAGCUAAAUUUUUCAUCACGUGCAGGUUCCGCACGUAACAUUGCCAUUCGCAUUCAGUUAAUGUCAGGAGAGACUCAAGCUGAUGCAGUCAAUGCCAUUUUUGGAAAAUCGUCAUGUCCAGAAUAUGCAACGGAUGUAUUUACUUGCGUCAAUUACCAUAACAAGUGCCCUUCAUUCUAUGACGAGAUUAAGAUUGCCCUGCCCGCUUCUAUCAAAGAGCACCAUCAUUUAUUGUUUACUAUCUAUCAUGUGUCAUGCCAAAAAAAGCCACACGAGCUACAACUUCCGGUGGAAACUCCCAUCGGCUACACCUGGUUACCACUUCUUGAAGAUGGGAAGCUAAGAGUUGGCGAAUUCAACCUACCUGUCAUGGUUGAGGCACCCCCGAAAAAUUAUUCUUUUAUACCACCAAAUGUUCACCUUCCUGGUAUAAAAUGGCUCGACAACCAUCGCGCAGUAUUUUCAAUUAACAUUGCAGCUGUCACUUCAGUUCACACCUUGGAUGCGCAUCUGGACAGAUUCUUUUUGAUAUGUGAAUAUUUAGACACCCGAAAUAUACCUUCGCAUAUAGGUGAAGGCAAUAUGGAAGCUGAAUUAAAAAAGUGCUUGCUAGAUAUUGAGAAUGCCAAUCGAGAAUCUCUUGUAAAACAUUUGCCCCUGGUGCUAGAUAAACUUAUUGAAUUACUAGUUACUACACAUAAAUUAGGCGGACAGCCUUUGUGCUUAAGCUCGACAGUGUUUGAAGUCCUUUGUUUGGUUUCUGCACAUUUGUCAAUAUUAAGUGAUGUAGACCAGUAUGGACCUCAGAGUUUGUUUUCCACUUAUGUCCAGUUUCAGUGCAAAAUUCCACAUCCGUUGAUGACAAAACGGCACAUAGCCCGAAAUCCUGCAAAUGAACUCUUAUCCAAAGAAUCAUAUGAUAUUUAUGAUACCUUAAGCACUAAUCCUGCAGAUCUACAAAGUGAAGCACAUUCGAGUGCAGAGUUAGAAUCCGACAUGACUGUACGCUUGCUUCAUGAAGAGCUUGCUCUGCAGUAUACCUUGUCUAGUGGAAAAGCCGCUGAUUUGGCCAUGACUAAUUCAUGGUUUCUUUUUGAGCUUAUUGUGAAAUCUAUGAUUGAGCACUUAGACAAUUCGGGUACCUUAAAUGCUCCACGGAAACGCCGUUUCCCACAGCAAUUUAAUGACGACAUUGCUAUGCUGGUUGAGAUUGUAACUAACAAAGUCAUGGAAUAUCACAGUACAGACCCAAGAUUAGCUCAGUCAUUAAACGCUAGUUUAAGCUUUUUAAUUUUUGACCUAUUGAGCAUUAUGGAUCGCGGAUUUGUCUUUGGCCUUAUUCAAAUAUACUCCAAACGGAUAAUAUCAACAAACGCUUCUGGACCUGAGCUAAUGAAUUAUAAAAUUGACUUUCAUCGAAUUGUGUGCAGUCACGAGCAUUUUGUAGCGUUAAAUUUUCCCUUCGGUACUUCCUAUACUACAUUCUCAGCGCCUUGCAGCCCAACUCCCAGCACUACAUCCAGUACUAGUCAGACAUCAUAUGGUUCCAUUGAGCGUUCCUUGCAUGCUGAUCUUAGUUCUGAAUUUCGCCAACAACAUUUUCUUGUCGGCAUUGUAUUAAGUGAUUUGGCCACUGUCAUGGAAAUCCCCAAUCCCCAUCUGCAUGGAAAAGCAAUCAACUGCAUACGUAAUCUGUUAACUUCACAUGAUUCACGAUACGAUGCAGAAGUACGCUCGCGAGUAGCUUCACUUUAUAUACCUCUCCUCUCGAUUGUAAUGGAUACUUUUUCACAACUUCAUCAGUAUCUAUCAGAUGCUCAAGAUCAUGAUCGCCUCCAGCAAAUGGGCCAGCUUGAAGACUAUCAAGGGCCUCAUCAGACUAUAGCCAAAGCUACCAUAAGCCCAGAAGUAGCAUAUGCUAUUUCUGGUAGCCGUGUAUACUCCUACAUGACAGAGCCAUCGAAAAGCAAAGUUCCCUUAAACGCGGAGAAUACCCGUCACUUACUGGCAUGUUUCCUUUGGGUACUUAAAAAUUUGGAACGUACUGUGCUCUAUCGCUGGCUACUUGGCUUAAGUCCGCAUCGCGUUCACCAAAUGUUACAAGUACUCAACACAUGCUUAAAAGCUUUCGAGUACUCCGGACAAAAGAGAUUGCCCUCAUUAAAACGAACUAACACUCAUAGUUUUCGUAAAUCAGCGCCAAAUGACGUAAAAGAAAAGUUGGAAGAAUGCAUUAGAGGAACAAACUCAGCACGUUAUGAUUUGAUUAAUCGUCGCAAAGAUCGCAAUUCUACUGAGAAACUUCGUUGGCGCAAGGAUCACAUGCCAUAUCGUUCACAGUAUAGUGAAACAGCAAACAAAAAUGAAACAGAGCUUGAAAUGAGUCACUUUAUUGAAGGUUCACUUUCUACUGAAAUCGCACUUAUCAUACUAGACUCCUUAGAAAUUAUUGUGCACGUGGCAACCAAUCUUCAUCACAAUCUUCUGGGGACAGUACUAAAAGUUCUAUUGCAUAGUUUAUCCCGCAAUCAAUCGACAUUGGCAUUGCAAAAUUUGUUUGCUUCCCAAAGAGCUUUGAUCUUUAAAUUUCCAAAUCUACUGUUUGAUGAAGAAACCGAUAUAUGCGCGGACUUAUGCCUAUUACUCUUAAAACAUUGCGCAUCACAACUUCCAGGAAUUCGUUCGCAGGCAGCUGCAUCAUUGUACUUGCUAAUGAGGCAAAACUUUGAAAUUGGAAAUAAUUUUGCACGUGUGAAAAUGCAGGUAACUAUGUCACUAAGCUCCUUGGUUGGUACGAGCGCUUCCUUUAGCGAACAGUCUCUUCGUCGUGCGCUGAAAACAGUCUUAGUUUACGCUGAAUCCGAUGCAGACUUACAGGAAACUUCUUUCCCGGAGCAAGUUCAAGACUUAUUGUUCAAUCUGCAUAUGAUCCUCUCCGAUACAGUAAAAAUGAAAGAAUAUCAAGAGGACCCAGAAAUGUUACUUGACCUAAUGAAUCGCAUAGCAAAAGGAUAUCAAAACAAUCCAGAUUUGCGGCUUACAUGGCUGGAAAACAUGGCUAAAAAACAUCGUGAACGAGCAAACCACACAGAGGCGGCAAUGUGUUAUAUACAUGGGGCUGCAUUAGUUUCGGAAUAUCUAAGUAUGCUAGAAUCGCAAACCCAUUUGCCUAUUGGCGCAGUAAGUUUUCAACGCAUAUCACCAAAUACCUUUAUGGAAUCUGCGGUGUCGGACGAUGUUCUUAGUCCAGGCGAAGAUGGAAUCUGUCUGGGCAAUCACUUCACUGAGACCGGACUAAAGGCAUUGCUCGAAGAGGCAUCCAAUUUAUUUCAAGUCGCAGGCAUGUAUGAAGCUAUGAACGAAGUUUAUAAAAUAUUACUUCCUAUUUGUGAGGCGAACCGGGAGUUCCACAAGCUUGGAAAAAUUCAUGGCAAACUGCAAGAAGCUUUUAAUCGAAUUGCACAGCUACAUGGCAAGCGAGUAUUUGGAACUUACUUUCGUGUUGGCUUUUAUGGAGCAAAGUUUGGAGACCUGGAUCAACAAGAAUUCAUUUACAAAGAACCAACAUUAACAAAGUUGCCGGAAAUAUUUAGUCGACUUCAGAACUUUUAUACGGAAAGGUUUGGGCCGGAUUCUGUGCAUAUUAUUAAGGACUCCAAUAAUUUCGACCCAAAUACAUUAGAUCCGGAAAAGGCGUAUAUACAAAUAACUUAUGUCGAGCCAUUCUUCGAAACCUAUGAAAUGCGUCAUCGUGAAACUUACUUUGAACGAAAUUUUAAUAUAAAACGAUUUAUAUUUUCAACGCCGUUCACUAAAAGCGGAAAAGCUCAUGGGGAAUUACAUGAGCAAUGUAAACGAAAAACAAUAUUAACAACUGCAAACCACUUCCCUUACGUUAAAACUCGUAUCCAAGUAAUUAAUAGAACUCAAUUUCAAUUGGAACCGAUUGAAGUUGCAAUAGAAGACAUCCAAAAGAAGACAUUGGAAUUAGCUGCAGCUACAAAUCAAGAGCCGGCCGACCCAAAAAUAUUACAAAUGGUCUUACAGGGUUGCAUUGGGACUACUGUUAAUCAGGGACCUAUGGAAAUGGCUAGCGUAUUUCUGUCAAAUUUAUCUGACGGAACGACUAUACCAACGAAGCAUCAAAAUAAAUUACGGUUGUGCUUUCGCGAGUUUUCAAAACGAUGCGCCGAUGCCUUGAAAAAAAAUAGAAAUCUUAUAUUAUCCGACCAAAAAGAUUAUCAGCGAGAAUUAGAACGUAAUUAUGAGCGCUUUGUGGAACGACUGAUGCCGCUUAUCACACUUACAUCAGCACAAACACAAGGAGUUAUAAAAGCUAAUGCUUUCCAAAACAAGAGUACACCACUUAAAUGGUAAAUUAUACGAUUGUGUCUAUCAAUGACAGCACCCAUUUAAUGUUUUAAAAUUCUUACUCUUAUCUCACACAUUUUUUACAUGCCUAGUGUGUCGGAUUAUUUUAAGUAAGUGUAAGUGUAAAAUAUCUGAA